AUGGGGUUACACUUAUUUCCCAAGAAGAUGAUGCACUUGAUAAAUUUAAUCGUGUCGGUAAUCUGCCCUGCAGUCAAAACGUACAACUUGUUACUAAAUAAGAAGGAUAAGCCAAAUGACGAGUUCGUCCAGUACAUCCAUUUCCUCACCUACUGGAUUAUGUACUCUCUGUACUCGUACCUGGAAGCCCUUUUGUUAAUUCACCUAAUGAAUUAUAUACCAUUUUACUCAGAAAUCAAAUUGGCCUUUUUUUUUUGGUUAUAUAGUGACACCUUCCAGGGCGCUGGAUAUAUUUAUUUUAAAUGGAUCGAGAAGCAUUAUGCUCUUGUGGAUAAAAAAUUGUGUGACCUACUGCAGGACAAGAUCCCCAAAAAUGUGGCCGCUAUGUUUUACUUCGAAAAAUCCAACAAAAAAAUACACAACAAAAUUAAGAGCAUUGUGUCCAAGAAGGAUUUGUACUGA